AUGAAACCAAACAGACAUCUCGUCAGACCGGUGUCUGCCCCUUUGUCUUCGACGCGUCUCAGUCGCCUUAUAUAUCUCCUCGUCUUCCUGAGUGCUGUCCUUACGGCAUACUAUUCAUAUCGCAUUGUUCGGUGGAAGAUGGAAGUGGGUGGUUGGUGGGACGUUUCUACCGGCCAGCGACCACACGCUGUCAAGGCAGAGCAUGGGCGAGUGGAGGACGUGGAAGAUCGCAUCAACGCGCUUGCUGAGGCAUUGAGCAUGCCGUCGAAGGAUCUUGCUAGGGCUAUCGCUCGUGCGGUGAGGGAGUACGUUCCUCCGGCAAGCUUAAGUGUGUUGAAAGAGAAAGAGACGGGGAGCCCAAUCGUUGAUGAGCUUCUCAAGGAACCGUUGGGGAAAUCGCCUUCGUAG